AUACAGAACAUUGAAUAAUAUCAGAUAUAUUUUGAGGAAAACAUGUUUCUGGUACCAGUGACGGGAAUUUUUGAUUGCGUUCACCAAAAAAGACCAGAAGCUCGGAACCCGGCAAACUCCACCGAACAGCUCAAAGCCAUCAACACCGAGAAAUUGUAGCUCAGCUAUUUACACCCAUACACCCCCGCUGUCUCACAAUGUCUUCUUCUUUUCCCCUCGAAAUAGCAUCCACAAUUCAAAGCGCAUCAAUAAAGCGCGAUCCAUCUCCCGACCGUGACAUAAACCCUUCUACCGCGGCCUCCAGCAAGGAGCCCGUUUCCGUCCAUCCAGAAUACGCAUACAUUGACAAAGAUAGUAUCGAUGGCGAGGAAGAAGUAGAGGAGGAUAUUCCAUACGAUGUUAUAAGACCAUUACCACGCAGAGCCAGCUUCCCGCCUAUACCUGAUUUACGGUUUGAGCAGAGUUACUUGGCUAGUAUUGCGCAUGCAGAUUCGUAUUGGAAGGUUGCUUUCAUAACGAUUAGAGACCAGGUAAUAUUCUCUUUCCCAGCAGUUAUUCUAUUCUUUACGUUUAACAUAUGGAACACCGAACUAAUUCUCAUGCGUAGGUAUGCAUGCCACUCAUUCAAGGCGUUGCUGUGACCCUCCUCUGGGCCGGAUGGAAGCAUUGGAACAAGAACGCCAAACUCAGCGGCAACAGUGCAGGCGCCCGAGUCCGUCGAUGGUGGUACACGGUCAACAACUGGCCGAUUAAAGAGAAGAUAGCAGAGAUCGGAAAGAAUGCGAAGUUGGCGGCGGAGAUGGGGGAUGUGAGUCCCCUUGCCAUGCUUUAUUAAUACUACUUCCCGUUACUGAUGGAAUUGGGCAGUAUUUUGAAAACCAAGCUUCAGCUGGAGAUUGAGUGCAUGAAUCAUGAGGUGUUUCGAGAAAAGGAAUGGUGCGUUUGCAUGGAUGGCGUUAGGGACGGUAUAUAGAACAAAAUACCAAUGUACACUUUGAGUUCUUUGGGUAGGUGGAACCAAACGUUGUGAGGACUCAUUUGAUAACUCAGGACAGGAGGAAGCUCAAUGGAUUUAUCUAAGCACGGCACGCAUUCUACAGAUUCCAAAUGACCUGAUCACGAUAAGAUGGAGGAGGCAUAUGUAAUCAUGUAACUUUUUAUUGCAACAGCCAUGAAACUUUGUCUG